CAUAUAAAAAGUGCCUUUCAAAAUAGUUGAAAUAUUCAACUAAAUGAAUUUUUUUUAUCUCAUUUCAGAAUUAAAAAUUUAGAAUAACAUUAUAAUUACAACAAAUGUCUCUAGAUUAUAAAAAGAAAUAAGUAAAAUUUUAUCUGUAUACGGAGGAACAUUGUUAACUCAUAUAUUUAAACCGAAGCGAUUAAAUUCAUCUAGAAUUGUUUUUAUAACUUUACAAGUUCAUUUUUCACCGAAAGGAAAUUGAUAGAAGGGAAAAAACGUUACGAUCAAGAAUAAAAUCAUGAAAAACAAUGAGUGAGAGAAGCAUUGCUGGCUCAUUCGAUUGAACCGCGGCGAUUAAAAUGAGCGAGCAAUGUUUUUGCAAGGUUAUAAGUUCUAUUCCCACUCAAAAAAAAGAGGCACAACAACUAAAAGAACCUUCAGAUAAAUUACAGAUCUGAAAUGAUGCACGCUGCAAAUGAAGUUUGCUGAGAAGAGAGUAUGCAGAUACGAACCUUGGUACCAUUGAAAUCACGGUAGAAAAUGAUCCGUUAAAGCGGGUGUAUUCAGGUCGGGAGGAAAGGUUAAGUACAAGUUUGCGAAGAAGAGGAAAUGCGCGUUCCAUUUUUUUUUCCAAGGUGAAAAAAAAGCAUUUGUUUAUAAUGGGGGACAUCUGAAGAAAAAAAGAAUAUAAAGAAAUUUAUCGAUCGAAAUCGUCAUUUAGUCACCCAGUAUACACGGGAAAUGGAUGGAAAAAAGUUGAGCUUGUUUGUUUUAAUAAUUCUAGCUACAGCAGAAUUAAUUUUUAUAAUAUCAAACCACCUUGAGACGACUGACAACGAAAUUAAAAUUAAUAAUAAAACGUGCUUUCGUUCGAUACAUAUAGGAAGGAAAUUAUUUUAUCAUGAAUGUUUAAAACAGGGUGCAAAUAUUCAUGACAUACGAUAUUUUUUUAACGUAAAUUCAACAUAUUUAUCAGCAAGCUUUUUAGGAGUUCAAAUGACUGAGAAAGAAUUUCAGAAAGUAUGUGAACAAUGUUCAAAUUGAAACAUCCUUCGUGUUUACUAUGUGUAGGAGCAUCGCAGUCGGGUAAAACCUCAUUGGUGCGACAAAUGAUUGCACAUAAAGCAUAUGAUUUUGAAUUUAAAAAUAUUAUCUGGUGCUAUAAAGUUUUUCAGCCAUGGUUUGCUAAAGAAAAAGAAAUGAAAUUUGUUCAAGGUUUUCCAGAAAAAGUCGAAAGCGGAAAUCUAUAUGUAUUUGAUGAUCAGAUGGAUCAACUUUGCCAAGAUUAUGCGGAAUUGUUCACUAUUACAGCACACCAUUCUAGAAUCAGUGUGAUUCUGAUUUUGCAGAAUCUAUUUCCCCGAAAUAAAGUGAUGCGAGACAUAAGUCUGAAUGCACAAUAUGUAAUAUUAUUUAAAAACAAUCGUGACGUGGGACAAAUCCAGUGUUUCGCAAGACAAGUAUACGGAAAUAAGGCAGCAUAUUUUAUGGAUGCUUACAAAAAGAGCACGCAAGGCAAUUUUAACUAUUUGUUGGUGGACCUACACCCGAGAACGGAUGAAAAAUUUAGGCUCAGAGAGAGCGUGUUCCCUGAUUCCAAUGGAUUUUAUUGGAUAUAUUUACCGAUAAAAUGAAGAAUAUAAAGAAGCAUUAUCACUUACUGAAACUACUACUCAGCGCAUCUCCAGCACAAAAAAGAGCAAUAAUACGGACUGCUAACAAAAGUCAGUUACAUUGCUUAUGCGAAAUUUGUGUAAACGUCUUAGGUGGUAAUUUAUCGGUGAGCGUAAAGAAAUUACGUAAAUAUAAAACGGCUAUAAGAAAAAUUGUUAAUAAAAAAUUAUCUUUAGAAAAAAAGAGAAAAGAAUUAAUUAACCAAACGGGAGGCUUCCUACCCCUCAUUCUUCCCGCAGUUCUAUCUGCGUUAGUAGGCCUUGCCGGAAAAGCAAUAGGAAGCUGAAUUUAAUAUUCGCAGCAAUGUCUCGGAGAAUGGCUCUCGUUCCUGAAGAUUUAGCAGCAACUUACUUUUCGAAAACAUCAGAUACCGGAGUACAUGGUAUUGAAAACCAAAUAUUAAACCUUCUUCAUGAGUCAAACUAUUCGGAUGAUGCAAAAGCAAAACUGUUGAGCCAACUGCUUUUAAAAUAUCAGCAUGCUAUAAAUGUGCCUAAACCACCGAUACGUGUAACUAUUGAAGACUCUAAGGAACAAGUUCAAGAAUCGCCUAAAAGUAACUCAGUGGAAGAUCCUAUAUUACGUGAUAUCAUACUUUCAGUUCCUGCGAACUUCCAAAAAUUUAUUUCGCCUAUUGCUGAAAAAUUGAAUACACGCAGCUAUGCUUGGAAUGAAUAUGGUGAAUUGAUGAAAGAUAACGAAAUCGUUAAAAACACAAACGUUAUUGACUUAUUUUCAUAUUUAAUGAGAAAUGUAAAGAAAGGUUAUGAACCACAUGGUUUUUCAGUGUUUUGGAGGGGUAUUAAAGAGAUAAAAAUACCAACACGUUGGAUUGGCAACCAGAAGCUAGUAGAAAAUUUCGGGUUUGACACAGACGCAGGCGAGAUCCAAAACGAAAUUAAUCUGAAAUCUCCAGAUUCAAAAGCAAAGAAGAAGAAGCAAAACUCGAAAAGAAAAUGGAAAGAAUAUUAGAAGCAGCAUAUUACGAUUUCGCAAACCCUGCAUCAUUUGGCGGAAUAAAGAAACUAUCAGCAAUCUCUAAAGUUCCAUAUGAGAAAGCUAAACGCUGGUUAAUGACCCAAGAUACUUAUUCGUUACAUAAACCAGUUCGGUAUAAAUUUUCUCGGAUGUCGACGCUUUCAUAUGGUAUAAAUGAUUUAUGGCAAUGCGAUCUUGUGGAUUUACAGCAUUUAGCAGAACAUAAUAAUGGGUUUAAGUAUUUACUCACCGUAAUUGAUGUAUUUUCGAAGUAUGCCUAUGUUAUACCUCUUAAAAGCAAAACUUCUGUGGCUGUAAAAAAUGCUUUUGAAAAAUUGUUACAGCAGGUUAAGCCUAAACACAUUCAAAGCGAUAAGGGCAAGGAAUUUUACAAUACGCAACUUCAGUCAUUGUUUAAGAGGUACAACAUUAACCACUAUUCAGCUGAAGGUGAUCAUAAAGCUAGUGUUAUUGAGAGGUUCAACAGAACUUUAAAAAACAAAAUGUUCAGGGUAUUCACAUAUAGAAAAUCUUAUAGAUAUGAUGAUGUGCUACAGUCACUAGUAAAGUCGUAUAAUGACAGUGAACAUCGUAGCAUUGGCAUGGCACCUUCAAAAGUCACUCGUGAUUUUGAACCACAUAUCUUCAAAAAAUUAUAUGGUUACACAUUGAAGAACUCGCGAGUGAUUUUGAAUAAGGGAGAUUUAGUAAGAAUAUCGAAAGCGAAUAAAUCGUUCAGACGAGGAUAUUUACCAGGGUGGAGCGAUGAGGUGUUUAUGGUGUCAAAAGUAUAUCCCUCUUAUCCAACUACAUUCGAGCUUCAAGACCUUAAAUCAGAAGCUAUAAAAGGACGAUUUUACGCAGAAGAACUCCAGAAAAUAUUGAAACGCCCUGAGGAUUAUUGGCAUAUAGAAAAGGUGCUUAAAACAAAGGGCAAAGGUACGAAGAAAGAAUAUUACGUGAAGUGGAAAGGCUUUGAUAAUCGGUUCAACUCGUGGGUAAAAGCAGCAUGGAUGAAGUGAACGAUUUUUACAUUACGCUUCCCAGCAACUCUAGCAUGGAUUACUUUCCAAAAAAUACGCAAGCAUCAUUCAGAACGAAAUUAUCUCGUCCAAUAAUACUAACUGGUGAAUGGGAAGUUGGUUUAUCAGAAAUAUUCGUUCCUCGAACCUGGUUCAACAUCGGAAAUCAUAAUAAUAAAUAUUCGAUAACUUACGAGGAAACAAAAUUGGUGGAAAAGGAUUUUCUGGAGUACUCAAUCAGAAUAAAAAUUGAACAGGGAACUUCUGAUGAGGAUAUAAUCGAUAACAUUAACCAAAGUAUUGAAGCAAUAUGUGGACAUUUCGUCUCUUUCGAAUUGGAUCACAAGAAUAUGAAUAUACUUAUUGCUCCGAAUUAUGAACUACACUUGACAGCUGCUGAUUCACCAAGAUUGUUAACUAUGUUAAACUUACCUAGAGAGGAUAGAGUUAUAAAAACAUCGGAAAGUUUUAUGUACAGAAAACCAUCAAAGACAAACAAAGACAAUAUUUUCAAAAUUAUCGCUCGAAAUAUGAAAAGGCAUUUUAUAAUUCGCGUCACCAGGUUUAAUCAUAAGUAUACUGAUAUGGACAACAUACAUCACGAACUCUUUCAGCAUAUAAAUCAUAAUCUAAUGCAGACUGGUAUAGGAGGUGCAGCGGAUUUUAUAUUCGACUUUAAAGAAGAUAAAGUAGAAAUAACGGUUCAAAAGAAUGUUGAACUCGAGUUUAGGUUAUUAUAUGCCCCGUUGUUUAUGCGAAUGUUGGGCAUGACGAAAGAUAUUGUUUUAACGGGUAGAACGUUACAUGUUUUGCAAAAAAUUGAAAGGCCUCCUAUGAACGAAUACUUCCGCGUGAGCAUUACGGAUAAACCAACAAUUCCUGUGAAAAUUAAAAAAACAGAGGAUAUGGAACUACAAGUCGGAUUUUAUAAAAACUCAGAGCAGUUGUUUGGAUCUUUUAAACACCUUGCUUUUAAUCAUUUAGCGAACAAUAAGAUCAAAAUUCAUAUACCAGAAAAUUCAACUCUGACUUUACAAGAAGGAUUAAGAGAUCUUUUAGGUUUCAAAGAAUCCACAUUAAAUGGCGGAACUCAUAUAUCUGACUAUCAAUUGGAGUUAGAUGGAGGAAUCACCGAAAUUUAUGUCUAUAGUGAUAUCAUAGAAUCGCACUUUGUAGGGGAUACAAUUGCUCCUUUACUCCGUAUUAUUCCUGUUAUGUCGAAAAAAGAAGACCAAAUAGUAAUAAAUUAUCAAAGACCGCUGUAUUUUCCUUUGCGCAAAAAUUAUAUCGAUUGCAUAGAAAUCGAAUUGAGAAGUAGCUCUGGAGAUGGUAUAAUUUUUACCAGUGGGAAAUCACUCUUGGUUCUCUCCUUCCGUCGCAGAACACUAUAAAACUAUUACUUAUUUUGUGAUGAAUCAUUUUAAAUCCGAUCGUGAAAGAGAAUGCAUUUGGAUCAAAAAGCUUGUGAAGAUUAUUACUGCUCGCAAGUGCAGGCUGGCGGUGGACCAUAUUUUCAGGGUGUUGGCCACCAAAGAGGAUAUGGAAUGUUUUCAAAUUUAUUUCGAUUUAUUUCUCCCAUAGCACUGAAAGCUGGAAAGUAUUUAGGAAAACACCUUCUAAGCGCAGGUUCAAAAGUAAUGUCAGAUGUUGCUUCAGGUUCAUCUCUUAAAGACUCGGCAAGAUCGCGAUUUCGCGAAACAUCAAAACAAAUAAAAGACGACAUUAUUCAUAAAAUUCAGAGCGGUUCGGGUAUAAAAAGAAAGAAAUUCCAGAAGAAAAAUCAUUCGCAACGUGUCAAGCGGAGCCGAAAGAAAUUAAAGAAAGCAGACAUAUUUUCAUAAUGGAUUCCCGAGCGUGUGCUUGCUUGCAGAGUGAAUUAGACCUUUUUAACGUGAAUCCUGUACAAUUAUCAACAGAAGACAGCUCAUUCACUGAGAUUUUUCCUGUUGCAUCUCUGAAUGAAAAGACGCCAAUUGAAUUUUACGUAAGCGGAAGUGGUGAACAUUAUCUGGACUUAUCCCAUACACUUUUGCAUCUACAAGUGAAAAUUAAAAAGAGAAAUGGAGCAGUAAUUGGAACGCCUGAUCAAGUGGCUCCUAUCAAUUAUCUCCUUAAUACGAUAUUUUCUGAAUGUUCAGUUACAUUAAAUGACAAGCAGGUUUCUUCGCAAGCUAACUACGCAUAUAGAUGUAUUUUCGAUGCUUUGCUUUCACCUCGAGCUGUUCAAGAAUCAAUGCUAACAUCGGGUCUUUUCUACAAAGACGCUGCUUCUAAGCAUGAAUCAGUAGAACUAGCUAAUGUUGGUGAUAAUGCAAAUUCCGGUUACCAAACUAGAUAUAACAUCUGCAAAGAUAGUAAACUUAUAGAUAUGAUAGGUCCAUUACAUUUCGAUCUAGGCAAUCAGAGCAAAUGUCUUAUAAAUUCGGUGAAUCUUCGGAUCAAAUUAGAAAGAAAUAAGGAUUCUUUUGCUCUGAUGUCAGCCACGCAAGAUUUUAAAGUAGUUAUAUAUCAUGCAUCAUUAUUUGUUAGGAAAAUUAAAGUCGCUCCCUCAGUCGUGAUUGCCCAUGAAUUAGCUUUAAGCAAGGGAGUUAUAAAAAUGCCUAUUCGCAGAACAGAAGUGAAAUCAUUCGCACUUUCUUCAGGAAUGCAAUCAAUAACUAUCCCUAAUGCGUUCAUUGGACAAUUACCGACACGACUUAUAAUGGGUAUGGUAUCUAAUGCUGCAUUUAAUGGGGAUUUUUCAAAAAAUCCAUUCAAUUUCAAGCAUUAUGAUUUAUCAUAUCUUUGUAUAUUAGAUGGCAAUCGUAUGAUUCCGUCAAAGCCCUUUCAACCAAAAUUUGAUAAUUCUAACAGUUACAGCAGAUGUUAUAUGAGUCUAUUUACUGAUUUGGGUAGAUAUCAUAAAGAUCAAGACAUUAAUAUAAGUUACACUGAAUAUAAAGAUGGGUAUACGCUGUUCGCUGUAGAUUUGACGCCCGAUCUCAACGCGGACGGAAUGCAUGAAAGUAUUUCACGCAAUGGUAAUUUAACUAUUGAUAUAAAAUUCAGCAAAGCAUUAUCUGAAACUGUAAAUUUAAUAGUUUUUUCAGAGUAUCGAAAUACUAUAGAAAUCGACAAAAGUCGCAGUAUUUUUUCAGAUUUUUGAAAAUGGAUAGCACAACUUUGUGCAGACUUGCAUGCAGCGACUUCCGUCUACGUUCUAAAUUUGGAGGUGUAUACGCUUCAGAUGAAUUGCCUAAGACAAUAGAUAGUUAUUCAUGUUUUAUUGUAAAUUUAGAUCCUAAAACAAAACCGGGAAGUCAUUGGGUUGCAAUAGCAUUUCGGAAUAAUAAAUGUUACUAUUUUUGUAGUUACGCUUCUGUGCCGAAUAACAAAUAUAUUUUAAAGUUCAUAGAAAAUAACGCUGCAAAUUUUGCUUGGAACAAAUGUAGAUAUCAAAGCUUAGUGUCGUAUACUUGUGGUCAUUUUUGCCUUCAUUUCUUGUACAAUUUUGUGAGAAAGCAAACUUUGUCACCUCUAGAUUCUAAUAAAAUUGAAAAUAACGAGAAGUUUAUUAAAAAAUUUGUAGCUAGCAAAUUUCGUUUACAAAAUUGCUGCUUUUCUCCAUAUUCAAAUCAAAUUUGUGAAGCUCGUGAUUUCAGAAAUAGAUGUCUUUAGACAUGUUUCAACAGAAUAUAAUUAUAUAUGCUCUCUCUAUAAGCUCUCUAUAUAAAUUUAACAUAUUUUUUUGGAGGUCACUUUUCAUACAGAGCAUAUAAAAGAGAUACACUAACUGGGGAAUUCUCAUUGUGCUUCAACUGAUUCAGCAGAAACGAUGACUUCCGAACUGAGAUAUGGCUUUAUGUACUUGAAGCGUACUGGAUCAGCUUAUAUGAUUCAUUGCUUCACCGAUUCCCUUUACGAAAAUAUGAUAUCCUGUGUUCAAGCUGCGAACUCCUAUCAAAUGGAUACAGUUGAUUCAGACUGCAGAUUGAAGAUUGCCUAUUUCAAGGUUCUCAACAAUAAUGAUAUUGUCAGAGAACUCCAUAACGGUUCUGCUAUGAAUUAUCGACAGACAUUUGAUUGUAAAACGUAAUACAAAGCGAACUUCGGCGAAUCAAUUACUCAUGAUUCAAAGAUCUGCAAUGGAAUUGUGGACAACUUCAAAGAAAAUAAAUGUAAAUACUAAACUAUACAGCUAAGAUACUGAGAAUAGCUCAGCAUUGUAAACUCUAUAUAAAAUUGUAAUACUAAGCAGCACUAACUGUCAUUUAAUGUAACAUCAUCAAUGAAUCGAUGUUCUACAUGCAUAAGCAACACGAAGAAACUGAUUGUACCACUCGAUGUAAUAUUUUAACAAUCCCUGAAUAAAAAUAUAAUUUAACUGUAUAAUUGCGUCUGUCUUAUUUUGCUUCGCUACAUCAAUAUGUUUUUUGUAAUAUCCUAUAUCACCGUAAAAUUACGUUGUUUUAUUCUCAAGGUGGUGAAAGUGGGUUAAGGUAGGAAAAUGCACAUAAAGUUAUUUUAAAAUUACUUUAAGGUCACCAGUUCAGGGAGAACAAGGCGUUCCUGGGAAAUUCUACAGAUAAUAAACAAUUAUUCCAUUGCCACUUACAUAAACAGGGGUAUAAAUAUAAGCUACAUCAGCCUUUGUACAUAUACUACCGAUCUUGUUGAAGACUUCAUCUUCAUCUCUGUCUCCGUCUUCCUCAGAGUGCGUGUAUCUAAGUACUACUCAGCUAUCAUGGACAGUCACAAAGCGAGCGUCAUUUUCACACUUCCUAAUAGGCUUAACUGAUAGCGAUUCAGACGGCGAGCAGUUAUUUCCCCUUCCUUCCAAGGAAAAGCAUACAAGCGCUAAAAGAAAAUCAAACGAUGAGAAAAAAGAGGAGUCCACCAAAAGAGCAAAGAAUUUCGAGUAUAAUUUUUCUGAUCCGACAGAAGAGAAAAAGCUCAUACCCCCAAUAAGCGCUUACCUAGGAAAAGGGAUUAACAUCAGCAUCAAGGAAUACAGAAAGUCCUAUUAUCUUGCUUUCCAAAAGAAUGUUGGAGAUGAAACAAAGAACAGAUUCAACAUGAAUCUUGACCAAUUGGGAGCUUUAAAAAAAGCUAUAAAUGUGUUUGCAGAACAUAUAAAGAAAAAUUGACAUUCACGAGUUAAAUGAAAAUUUUGUAAAAAAAUUGAACUAACUUGACAAUUUUCCCUAUAUUCAUCUUCUUAGAAUGUCGUUUAAUAGAAUAGAAUCAAGUUUUAGAGGUUAUAUUUCAGCUUACCGACACUCUCCGAUACACUCUGAUCCCUACAACUUAUAUAACGAAAUUCGAGAAAACAUUUUCUUACUCUUAUUAGAGCAAAACCUACCUUUCCGUCUUUUAAUAUGCAUAAGCAUUGAAUUUAUUAAAGAUACUCAUCCUGACAAUUUACUGCAAAACGCUUACUUCUGUUCAUUUGCUGAACGCAUAAUAUCAUAUAACCAAGUAAAAAGUAAAGUUAAAAGCUUUUUUCAGAAAAUAUUCAAUUCCAUUGAAACAUAUAUCCAAAACGGUAGUGGUUGGGUUAUUAAUAAAAUUAACUUUUUAGAUGUUAAUAUCGGACAGUACAGAGAACCGCGGGGAGGUUGCGGUAAUAUAAAAUUACCUGACUGUUUAAAAAAAAAAAGAACUCUUCUAAAUAUACGUUGCGAUGAUCACAAAUGCUUCAUAUAUAGUUGCUUAGCUCAUCUCUUUCCUCCUGAAAAAAAUUCUAAUGCUCCAAGCAGUUACCAAAAUAAACUAAAAUAC